AUGUCUUCCACGGGCGCAAUUGACUUCGCCCUCUACCGCUAUACGCCCUCCAUCCCAGCAGCAGCCAUCUUUGCCGGCAUCUUCUUGAUUCUCGCUAUCCUACAUCUCAUCCGACUGACUCAAACUCGCACGCUCUUCUUCAUCCCCUUUCUCGUGGGUUUACUAUUCGAAUGCGCCGGCUAUGUCGCUCGUAUCUUUUCCCACUUCGACACAAUGGCACUGGGCCCCUAUAUCGUCCAAACCAUGCUCAUCCUCGUCGCACCCCCGCUGUUCGCUGCUUCGAUCUACAUGACUCUGGGCCGGUUGAUCGUCACGCUCAACGCAGAAGAUAAAUCCGUCAUCCCAGUCCGGUUCCUCACCAAAAUCUUUGUCGUGGGUGACGUUAUCUCCUUCCUGCUCCAAUGUGGAGGAGGUGGCUAUAUGUCCGCUGGAUCCCUCUCUGCCAUGGAUACCGGCGCCAACAUCGUGAUUGGCGGUCUAAUCGUCCAGCUCAUCUUCUUCGGAUUCUUCGUCUUUGUCUCUGCCUUGCUGCAUUGGCGAUUAAAAAAACAACCGCAGUAUACCCAUCUCUCGCACAGCGUGGGAGCAUACAAUGUACAAUGGGAGUCCCUCAUGUGGGCGCUCUAUGCGGCCUGUUUGCUGAUUCUGGUGCGAUCGGUGUUUCGGGUCGCUGAAUUUGUAGAGGGCAAUAGCGGCUUCAUCAUGAGCCAUGAAUACCUCUUGUAUAUUUUCGAUGGCUGCCUCAUGGCGUUGACUGGGAUUGUGUUGCUCGUUGUCUAUCCGGGCGCUUUUUUACGCGAUGAGAGGAAACGGGAAAGCCAGGUUGGACUCACCACACAGGCCAAGGUUGAGACUUCGUCAACUUCUUCCACGAAUCCCAUGCCAGCGUCAUCGAAGUACCACCGUAUUAGCCACACCAAGUCGCGUCGUGGUUGUUUCGCCUGCAAAAGUCGACGUGUGAAGUGUGAUGAAGAACAACCAAUCUGUGGUGCCUGCUCUGUCCGGGGCGACGAAUGCAAUUAUCCGCCUGCUCAUGAGACACGGAGAGGGCCUGUUCGUCGCGAUGCAACAUCUGAUCAUGGAAGAAACCCGGGGUUAAUACCACCAGAAGUGCAUGCGAUUCCCAUCCGUCCGCUGGAUUUUCACGUGCCCCGCACAAUAUCGACACCAGAUCCAGAUCCCAAUGGCGAAGCCAGGGAGAGCUGGACCAUGCACGACAUGAAUCUCCUGCAACACUACAUCUUGCGUACGUCGAAGAAGAUGAGUUUCAGUCCUGGGAAAAUCUUGGUCUGGGAGUGUAUAAUUCCAGAUAUCGCGGCCAAGGACACGUUUCUGAUGCACCUGCUUCUGGCAUUAGCCGGGCUGGAUAUCUUGACAAGCAAUGAUUCUCGGAGACGUAACAUAUCACACACAACCGAGCUUCACGCUCUAGUUGAGCAUCACCAGAAGGGUCUCCAGGGACUCCAGGAGAAACUGGCGACAGGUGGGGAUGCAAAUGCCGAAGCGGCAUUUGCUGGGUCAAUGCUAAUCGUCGCUUUUGCAUUCGCAUCGCUCGGAAUCAGCAGUCUCUGUGUAGAACCACAGAUAUCACAGCCCUUGGAAAAGCCUCAGAUUCACUGGAUGCGACUUGUGCGCGGUAUUACAUCCAUCGCGCAGCAGUUCUGGGUGGCUCUCAAACUCAGCCGAUUAAGGCCUCUGUUGCAAUACAACAACGCCAACGAAGACUGGAAGCUGCUUGGCUCAGAACCCCCGACCGCGCCGCUUAGAAGUAUACAAUCGCAGAGUCUUUCCGCAUUUGCACUGGGUGCGCGUCAGGCCAUUUCAAACCUCAGGGGGUUCCUGAGUACUCUUCCGGGAUCCAAUGGAAACCCAGACCCUGACCAGCUUUUCACGGCACAAGACCAUGCCAUCACCGUGGCUGAAGACUUGUACAUGCGAAUUCUGUAUGUGCUUCACCUGCACCGAAUCGAGCCAUCGCCCUCCCAUCACGACAUCCAAGCCGAGAUGGAAGACGCGGCUAUUUCAUCCUGGCCGCACCUGGUAUCUGACGCGUUCAUCUCGUCUUUGGAUGCGGAUCAUAGCCCUGAUAUUCCAACGGGCUUUUCCUUUGCCAUUCUCGCGCAUUUGUACCUUCUUCUUACCUUAUUAGACGGUCUGUGGUAUCUGAGGGGUAACUUUCGGAUAGAAAUCAAGAAGGCCAAUGCAUUAGUAGCGGAACUUGACUCGCCGGAACUAGCUGGAUUGAUGGCUUGGGUGAUGGAUGUUGUGGGUUUACAGGUGGAUACCUCAUAA